AUGUCUGCGGAGGUCUACGAAUUGGAAGUCUUCAAGGAGCAAUUCAAGGAUCGAUUAGAUGCCCUUACCACACUGGCGUCUGGGAUUCAGAAGGCGGCAGCAGGAAGGCAAUGGCCUUCCAUAUCGUCGCCGAACUCGAUAUACAAUAAAGCCAUUCCUGCGAUUGCUGCCAUCCAGAACGAACACAGCCUUCUAUCAGAAAGUCACCAGGUCUACUCCAAGAUGAUCACAGCUGAUGUCACCUGCGCUCUUAAGUCACUCGCGCAGGCCUACGAGGAACAAGGGAAAGAGAUACUUUCAGAAUACCGCCGACUGUGCAAAGAAUUUAUGCAGUACAAGUGCGUUAAGCAACCUAGCUUAGAUCCACCAAAAGCUCGGCAGAUCUUGCUAGAAUUUACUAAAGUCCUUGCGCCACUGCUCGACAAGAAAAGAACUCUUACUGAGCUCUAUGACGGCGAGGCAAAGCGUGCGCUGUUGCGAUUCGUGGAGCUCACCGAAACGCUCACCCGUCAAGAAAUGUCCUCUGUAAUGGCCGUUCGCUCUGCCUUGUCCGUUCCAGGAUGUCCUGUGGACAACAAUGUGACAUCAGAAAUCUACUUGCUCUGCAAGGCAAUCACUCAAGAGAGUUUUCAGCACAUAUAG